AGAACCAAACUUGUCCUAGAAAGAAAAAACACAUUUCCUCAAAAUCAGAAUCUCCAAAACCCUAAACCCUGCAAAACCUGCAACUGCAAGAAGGAAGAAGAAGAAGAAGCAAAAAUGGGGAAAAUCCCUCCUGCAUUUCGUCCUGCACUCUCAAACCCAAACUUGAUAAACCCAUCUUCCAUGCUUCCCUCUCCUUCCAAUUCCAAUUCCAAACCCCGUGACUUUCCCAAGAAAAACGCACCACAUUUUCCCGGAAAAUCCCGAAAACCCCAACAGGAGCCUCCACAAUCCAAACCAACUCUAUUCAAAUCCCCAAGUCUCCAAGAUGCCAAAACCCUCUUCAAUUCCAUCAUCAACAACACCUCAAAUGCUGCAGACAUCAAAUUCCACAAUUCAAUCCUUCAAUCCUAUACCUCAAUCUCCACCACCAUCAACGAUUCCAUCGCUUUUUUCCGCCACAUGGUUAAGACCCACCCUUCCUUCGCCCCGGAUCGAUCCACCUACAAUAUCUUGCUCGCUCACUCCUGCAAAUCCCCAUGUUCCACACUUUCCCCAAUUCACCAAACCCUAAAUUUGAUGGUUGCCGAUGGCGUCACCCCGGAUAAAGUCACCACCGAUAUAGCCAUCCGGGCGCUCUGCUCGGCUGGCCGGAUAGACCACGCGGUGGACUUGAUCAAGGAACUGUCUCAGAAGCAUUGCACCCCUGACACUUACACUUUCAAUUUCAUUGUUAAGCACCUAUGUAAGUGCCGUGUGUUGAGCUCUGUCAAUAGUUUCAUUGAUGAAAUGCGUAAGAAUUUCGGUAUCAAGCCUGAUCUUGUUACUUAUACAAUUCUGAUUGAUAAUGUGUGUAACACUAAGAACUUGCGUGAGGCUUCGAGGCUGGUGACCGUGCUGCAUAAAGAGGGUUUUAAGCCUGAUUGCUUUCUUUACAAUACAAUCAUGAAGGGGUAUUGUAUGCUGAGUAGGGGGAGUGAGGCGAUUGAGGUUUAUAAUACAAUGAAAGAGGAAGGGGUGGAACCUGACCUUGUCACUUAUAACACUUUGAUUUUCGGGUUGUCGAAAUCUGGCCGGGUUCAGGAAGCAAAGAAGUUAUUGCGUGUUAUGGUGGAAAAGGGUUAUUCCCCUGAUGAGAUAACGUAUACUUCCCUGAUGAAUGGAAUGUGCAGGAAAGGGGAUGCCAUGGGUGCACUAGCAUUGUUGAAAGAGAUGGACGAGAAGGGCUGCAGUCCGAAUUCAUGCACAUAUAACACGCUGCUACACGGGUUGUGUAAGGCUAGGUUGUUGGAGAAGGCCAUGAAAUUAUAUACAGGGAUGAAAUCAGAUGGUCUGAAGCUUGAAACAGCAUCUUAUGCUACACUUGUCAGGGCACUGUGUAGAGAGAGCAGAAUCGCGGAUGCUUAUGAAGUGUUUGAUUAUGCAGUUGAGACCAAGAGCUUGACAGAUGUGUCUGCUUACACAACAUUGGAGAGCACACUUAAAUGGGUCAACAAAGCAAAAGAACAAGGCCUUGCAAUUUAAUUGCUUGUUGGACACCCUUGUAGUUUCUUUGUUAAGGAGGAGUCAGGGAUAUCAGAUACCUCUUUUCCCUUAACAUAUUUUCUUCCUUUCUGUAAAAGAAUGGCAGUGAGCUGCUGGUAACGCUGUUGGAGUACCUUGCUACAACUUUAAGAUUGCUGGAUAAGUUGGCUGUAGCAGUUUGCCUAAUUUUUGUUGAUCAUUCCAGAGUUUUAGUACAAGCUACGAUGAUCAAACCUGUUGACUUAGGUCUUUAUUAGCUGCUCAAGCUUUUUAGGUGAGAUGUUUGUGACAUUGUGUUUUAGAGCUUAGUUGACCAAGUUGCAGUUGUUUUUUGUGGGAUGUCCUUAAGAAGCUGCUAUGGGAUAAGUUUAUUACUGCCGCAAGUCUAAGUGAAAUUUUUGAUGUAAAGUUUUCCUUUAGGUUAAAGGAACCCAUUCUCAAUGAAGUGAUUUUUUGACA